CUGCAGUCCCGGCAAUUGCUGCUGAGGCGAUUUUGAGGUGCAGCCGCUGUGUCUCGGAGCUGCCGAGGAAAGCUCGGGCUGGGGCGGGGAGAGAGAGAGAGGGAGGGAGGGACGUUCACACACGAAGCCGCCCCCGCAGAAACGAGCGCGGCCCACCCACCCACCCCGGUGGGGAGCAGGUGCCCGGCGGCAUUUCCGCUGUUCGAAGCGCGGGGUUGGUGGGGAGAAUUACGGUACCCGAGAAAGGCAGAGGCAUUUCUCUUCCGCGGCUGCCGAGGGGCUGGAACAAAGGCACCUGCCCUGCGCUCCGUGGGCAGAUGGCGUCGUUCGGCCUCGGGGGGCUGAACGCCUCUUCGCGGAGGAAAAGCGUCCAGUUCCGCAACGCGGCCGUCGAGAGGCGGAAUCUCAUCACGGUCUGCAGGUUUUCUGUUAAGACACUGAUUGAUCGUUCAUGUUUUGAAACUAUUGAUGAUUCAUCUCCAGAAUUUAAUAAUUUUGCAGCUAUUUUGGAACAAAUUCUGAGUCAUCGCCUCAAAGGUCAGAUCUCCUGGUUUGGCUAUGAAAGUCCUCGUAGUUUUUGGGAUUAUAUUAAGGUUGCUUGCCGUAAAGUUUCACACAACUGCAUCUGCAGCAUUGAGAAUAUGGAAAAUGUCAAUUCUUCAAGAGCUAAGGGAAGAGCUUGGCUUAGAGUAGCAUUAAUGGAAAAACACUUGUCUGAAUAUAUUUCCACAGCUUUGAGAGACUUCAAAACAAUCAGAAGAUUCUAUGAAGAUGGAGCAAUUGUAAUGGGAGAAGAAGCAAACAUGCUUGCUGGUAUGCUGCUGGGCCUCAAUGCUAUUGAUUUCAGCUUCUGUCUUAAGGGAGAAGGCCUGGAUGGUAAUUAUCCAGCUGUGAUAGACUAUACACCUUACCUGAAGUUCACCCAAAGUUCGGACAGCAUCAGUAGUGAUGAAGAAGAGCUGAGAACACUAGGUAGUACCGGCAGUGAAAGCAGCACUCCAGAAAAUAUUGGUCCUCCAUUUUUUAUGGAUGAAAACAGCUGGUACAAUAAAUGCAAAAGAGUUGAGCAGAAAUAUCAUCUUACGUUGGAGCAAAAGGGUUAUCUGGAAGAGCUAGUACGCCUUAGAGAGGCUAAACUGGCAGAAUCCAUCACACAAAACAAGCUAUUACAUCAGAAAAUAGAAGCUAUGGACGUGGCCCAUAAAAUGGAAAAAGAACAGCUUGAAUACAUCAUAGUGGAACUGCAGGAUCAGCUAACUGUGCUAAAGAAUAAUGAUUUAAGAUCAAGACAAGAAUUAACUACCCAUCUCACCAAUCAGUGGCCUUCCCCAGGAGCUCUGGAUGUUAAUGCUGUUGCCUUGGAUACGCUACUUUAUCGAAAACAAAAUAAGCAAUGGGAUGAGAAGAGUUUUCACAGUCUGGACCAGCUGUCUGCAGAUGUUAGUCUUUCUCAGACAUCUCUGGAUCCUAGUCAUUCCCAAGAUGGAGAUGGAAAACAGGAUGGAUUAAAUUUACUUAGUGAAGGGAAAGAAGAUACUCCUUCAUUGCUUGGUCUCUGUGGCUCUCUAACUUCAGUAGCAAGUUACAAAUCCCUCACAAGUUUGAAAUCAAGUGAAUAUCUUGCAAGUCCUACAACAGAGAUGACAAGUCCUGGACUAACACCUUCUUGAUUGAAUCUACUCAUAGAAAACCUUUGUGUUUGUAAUAAUUUGGCAUUCCAUAACUAUAAAGACUUUUAAAAGGUUGGGCCAAUUAAAAAAAAUUACCUAUCCUUUUAAUCAACAUCUGAAACCCAGUGACUUAUAAUUGUCCUGAAACAGGAUAUUUCAAGAUACUUUAACUACUUACAAUAUUAUUUUCAAAUCAACCAUUUGUACAGUUAAACUUAUAAAUGACUCUUAAGAAAAAAAGCUGACAAUGUUUUUUCUUCAUGAUUUGCUAAACUUCAGAGCAGAAUACUGUACUGCUAGGAUAACACAAAUCUUGUCAGGUAAGUGAAGAUGUCCUUCCAAUUUAUUAUAAACAGCAAAAUAUUUAAAUUGUAUAUUAAGAUGACUCCAUUUUUUAAAAAAAAAUCUGAUUACUUAGAAUGCUAAUAACCAUUAGAUCUUGAAUUUGUAUAUUACAACACUGUUUUACUUGGGUCAGAACUAGCUGGCUGUCUUUGUCAGCUAUCCAUAUAGCUGGUAUAUUCAUAACUGAAUCACUUGCAAAAAGGUAAGAAUGUGGAGAUAGCAUUUACGUUUAUACUUCUUUCUGAAAGUUCCUUCUAUAAAGUUAUGCUGCCCCCGUCAAGAAUUUUACCCUCCUGAAAGCAAAUGUCAGCAGACAUUCCAUGUAAAUGUUCUUGUUAAAUAGUUAAGAGAAUGAUUUUUGCAGCUGGUUCCAUACUAAACAUGUACCACCAAUCCAGUACACAUUACAUGAUUUAAAUAUAGUAAGCAAUGCAAGCCAUAGGUUUCUUGACCAAAGCUUUGCAGAUUAUUUUUUUUCGAAAGCAAACCUUUAUACUGACUAAUGUGUUCGUUACUUGUGGUUAUAAACAGAGGCAAUUUUGUAAAAAUAGACAGAGCCUCUAAAUUUGAUGAUUAUGGCAAGCUGCUUUAUUGUGCCAAAGAUCAUCUAUACAUUGUAGUAUGCAGCAAUGUAAUUUGAAAUCUGUAAUUACAGCUUAUUUUUGGACUGUCAGUUGGAUUACUUUGUUUUGGCAAUAUAAUGAGAUGUGCCUCUUGUUAAUAUUUGCUGUAACCAUGUCAUUUGAUUGGAAAUCUGUCCUCAUUCAUAUGAAGUUAGCGUGAAAGUUCUCACUACAGUGGGUUACUAGAUUGCUUAAGUGCUGAGCUAAAUUUUGAAACAAAAUGGCACUAUAGUCUUGCACUUGAAUGGCGUGCCAGAAACUAUGUAUUGGCUACCUACUGAAGUAACUUAAAUGCAUGACAAUGCUCUUGUAAAACAGAUAAUCUUAAGAUCAUGGAGGAAUUGGAAACCUAUACAACUAAGUUUCCAGAAAUAUGUAGAGUUGUUUGUGGAUUUGUAUGUUAAUAUUUAAAUGCUUCCUUCGGCCAUUAUAUUAUCAAGAACCAUGACAUUGUCACAUUGAUUGAAAUGACUUGUUAAAGCAGCCAGAAUGAAAAUCUUUAGAUAGCAACAAAACUCUUUAAUGCGCAUGUGAAGCCAGUUAAGUCAGUAUUUUUGCAUGAGAAGUUCACUGUCAUGGUUCUGAAAUCUUGCCAACUUUCAGAAUUAAACAGCAAACAAAUUGUUUAUUUGUUGCCUUGAUGUAUCAAUAUGUUGCAUGUGCAUUAAACAUUUUGCAAUAUUGCAA